GCCCCACAAAGACACAGCACAGCAACUUUCUGAUGAAAUCAACUAUGUGGCUGAAAAUCUUCAUCAUCUUCGUCUUCAGCUUCCACAGCUGCCAGCUGGCUUCAGUCUUUCUGGAUAAAGAUCGAGCCAAUGGCGUUCUAGUUCGGACUCGGAGGUAUAACUCAGGCUGGUUUGAGGAGCUGCAGAUGGGAGACCUGAGGAGGGAGUGUAUAGAGGAGAAGUGCACCUAUGAGGAGGCCAGGGAGGUGUUUGAGCACACCGAGCUCACGAAUGAGUUCUGGAAAACAUACAACGUACCAAACCCCUGUAUUUCCAAUCCCUGUCAGAAUGGAGGCAUUUGCUCCACUCAUGCUUCAUCCUACAUCUGCUUUUGUCUGCCAGACUUCCAUGGAGUCAACUGUGAGCUGGAGGUGAAGGCUGAGAUCGAUACCUGCUGGGUGGAGAACGGAGAAUGUGAGCACUUCUGUGAAGAAGACGAGUUCCAAAAAAAACAGAACUGCUCGUGUGCAGACGGCUACUUCCUCCAUGUUGAUGGACGGAGUUGCAUAGCAAAAGAGCCGAUAGCAUGUGGCAUGGUCCCCAUACUGCGGGGUGAAGAAAAGGAGGAGCAUCUCCGAAUCGUAGGAGGAACUGUAUGUCCUAAAGGUGAAUGCCCCUGGCAGGUAUUGCUGAUGUAUAAAGGAAAAGGUUUCUGUGGAGGAGCGAUUUAUAAACCUACAUGGAUCAUCACAGCUUCUCAUUGCAUGGAAGACAUCGAGGUACAGUUCCUGAAAGUCAUUGCAGGUGAGCAUGACAUUAUGGUAAAUGAAAGCACCGAGCAGCUCAUCCAGGUGGCUGAGAUUAUCAUGCAUGAAAACUACGUAUCAAGCACUGCAGACAAUGAUAUCGCUCUCCUCCGCCUGGCAUCUCCCAUCAUCUAUACCCAGUAUGCUGUCCCAGUCUGCCUACCUACAUGGAAUCUAUCCACCCGUGUGCUCUGGAUGAUCCGGCUGCACACAGUGAGUGGCUGGGGGAGGCGGAGCGAAAAUGGGCCUACCGCACAGAUCCUUCGACGCCUGAAGGUGCCGCGAAUCCGCACGCAGGACUGUGUCGAUGAGAGUGGCGUAGUGCUCACUCAGAACAUGUUUUGCGCCGGAUAUAUUGAGGGUCGUCAGGACUCAUGUAAAGGUGACAGUGGUGGACCCCUGGUGACCCAGUAUAAGACGACAACUUUCCUGCUGGGGAUCGUCAGCUGGGGGAAGGGCUGCGCCCGACCGGGGAACUAUGGCAUCUACACCCGAGUGUCCAACUACCUUGAGUGGAUCCACAACCGGACGGCAACACCAGAUCAACCGAGGAACGGCAGCAAGACUUUGAUGAACAACCUUACCACCUGAAAGACCCGAUUAACUUAGCUUAGCAUAGCUCAUAUAACCAAAUACUGCGUUUUCACUUUUCUGAUUGACUGCUAAGAGUCUCAUUAAAAACUUUGCAGAAAGUAUUUCACUUACAAAUUUUGGUGGGUUGAUUUCAAUUGAUCAGUUCUGCAUAUUUAAGAAAAUUCAUCAAAAACACGAAACAUUCUUUUACAAAUGUGAUGUUUUACUGCUUUUCUCUGAACAUAUAAUAGAACAAUGUAUUGGAUUUUUUUUUAAUUAAAAUGAG